AUGUCCUCGGUUAGUGAAGCUAUUAGUGUCGAAAAACCUAAAGUGAGCCCUCAAGUUUCAAAAGAUAAACAAAGUAAAAAAGCUUCUAAAGAGGGGGUGGCUAGUGAAUACCCCUUAGAGUUAUCUCCUCCACCCGAAUAUUUGCAACAUCGUAUCAAAUUAUUUGAAGAUUGGAAAGCAGCAUAUGAUGAAGAAAUAAAAAAGAAGCCACGCGUUCCGAUUACUGUCACUUUCCCGGACGGAAAUACGAAAGAAGCUAUUACUUGGGAAACUACUCCUAUGGACCUUGCUAAACAAAUAUCUAAAUCAUUAUCUGAACGCAUCGUAAUCGCCAAGGUUAAUGGGGAAUUAUUUGAUUUGGUUCGACCACUUGAAUCCAAUUGUACUUUGGAAUUAUUAGAUUUUGAGCAUGAUGAUGGAAAAAAGGUAUUUUGGCAUUCAAGCGCACAUGUUCUUGGUGAGGCUUGCGAACGUCAUUAUGGAUGUCAUCUUUGCAUCGGUCCUCCUCUAGAUGAUGUUCCCGAUGGAACGUCUACUACUGUGUAUCGUUGUGGUCCUUUGAUAGACUUGUGUAUGGGUCCUCAUGUCCCACACACAGGUAAAAUUAAAGCCUUUGAAAUAACAAAGAACUCGGCAUCUUAUUUCCUUGGUGAUUCAAAAAAUGAUUCACUUCAACGUAUAUAUGGUAUAUCUUUUCCGGACACAAAACAAAUGACUGAAUACAAAAAAUUUGUUGAGGAGGCUGCGAGACGCCAUCAUAAAAAGAUCGGACAGGAUCAAGAAUUAUUCUUCUUUGAUGAACUCAGCCCUGGAAGCUGCUUCUUUCUUCCAAAUGGUACUAGAAUUUACAAUACACUCACUGACUUUAUCAAGUCUGAAUAUCGGAAAAGGGGAUAUCAGGAAGUAAUUACACCAAAUAUGUACAAUACAAAAUUGUGGGAAAUAUCGGGUCAUUUACAAAAUUACGAGGAAAAUAUGUUUUGCUUUGAAAUUGAAAAAGAAAAAUUUGCGUUGAAACCAAUGAACUGUCCAGGCCAUUGUCUAAUGUUUAAACAUAGAGAUAGAUCAUAUCGUGAAUUGCCUAUUCGUCUGGCUGAUUUUGGUGUUUUACAUCGCAAUGAAUUAAGUGGUGCUUUGGCUGGGUUGACACGUGUAAGGCGAUUUCAACAAGAUGAUGCACAUAUCUUUUGUAGACAUGAUCAGGUAGAAGAAGAAAUCAAUGCUUCACUGGAAUUCUUAAAGUAUGUUUAUGGCAUUUUCGGGUUCACUUUCCAACUUAAAUUGUCUACUAGACCUGAAAAGUAUUUGGGUACUAUCGAAGUUUGGGAUCAAGCUGAAAAGAGACUGGAAGAAGCACUUAAUAAAUUUGGCGAACCAUGGGAACUUAAUCCUGGUGAUGGUGCCUUUUAUGGUCCAAAAAUCGAUAUUACAGUAUCGGAUGCUAUCAAAAGAAAGCAUCAAUGCGCGACAUUACAACUUGAUUUUCAACUUCCUGAACGGUUUCAACUUGAAUAUCAUACCAACGUGGUUGGUGAUUCUGAAGGUUCUUAUACUCGUCCAGUUAUGAUUCAUCGUGCUAUAUUGGGUUCAGUAGAACGUAUGAUUGCCAUUUUGGCUGAACAUUUUGCCGGGAAAUGGCCCUUUUGGUUAUCUCCCCGUCAAGUGAUGAUCAUUCCAGUAGCAAAUAGUUUCAGCGAUUAUGUUAAAAUGGUUUCUAAUGCUUGUUUUGACGCUGGUUUAUAUGUUGAAUACGAUUUGGGUGAAAAUACUUUGAAUAAAAAGAUUCGAAAUGCAGAAGUUGCACAAUUUAAUUUUAUUUUCGUUGUUGGUGCUGAAGAAGAAGCUACCAAGUCAGUUAAUAUUCGUAAUAGAGACGAUAUAGGUACCAAAGCAAAAGGACAAACUAUUCCUUUGGAAGAAGUUGUUGAAAAACUUGUGAAACUGAAAAAUGAAAGACGACUUCAAAAUAGCUUUCGUGACCGUGAUACAAGGAUUAAAAUGAAAUGGCCUUACAAAGACACCGAGGAAUAUAAAGCAACACCUGAAACGCUGGCAAAAGCAGGAUUUUAUUUUAAUCCUGUUCCAAACUCAAAAGAUAAUGUUGUAUGUUUUCUGUGUCAUAAAUCGAUGGAAGGUUGGGAUCCUAAUGACGAUCCGUUCGAAGAACAUGCCAAACAUUCACCAGAUUGUUCUUGGGCAAUUUGUUAUUGUUCGAUGAGAAAUUUUAAUGAAGAACAGUUACCUUUUAAUUGGGAUGAUAAAGAUAAAUUACCAACUUCUAAAAAAAUGGAAGAGGCUAGAAUUAAAACUUUUGGUACUUGGUGGCCUCAUGAAGGAAAAAAAGGUUGGGUUGGUACAAUUAAAAAGAUGGCUAAAGCUGGAUUUAUCUAUUCACCAUCGAUUGGUUCUCUCGAUAAUGUAACUUGUCAAUAUUGUGGUGUAGGGUUAGAAGGAUGGGAACCAAAAGAUGACCCUACUAAAGAACAUAAUAAACGAUUUCCUUUAUGUCCAUUUUUCGUCAAGUCAUCAUCGAAAUCUAAAAAUUCGAAAACGAAAAAAUCAAGGACAGCAAAAGUUGGUACAACUAAAAAAUCAAGGAAACAAAUUAAAUCUGAAGUUAUAGAUGUAAAGAUUAAAGAAGAAGAAAUGGAAUUAUCAGAAAUGAUAAAUCAACUUAAAUUGAAUGAACCUUCUUCUCAUUAUAAUUCUAGAAAUAAUAAUGCGGAUCAAGUAUGUUCAAUGAAUUUAACAGAUAAUCAAAAUAAUAUAUCGGAUCAUAUGUGCGAUAAUCAAAUAGAAACCGCAGAAAUCGAAACGAAUAAAGAAUAUAAUGAGGAAAUAGUUGUUCCUUCUACAGGUACUCCAUCACCUUCUUUCCGUCCAACGAUUACGGAUGAAAUAAAUAGAGUAACAAAUAAAAUAUACAGUAAUGGUCAAAAUUUAUCGUCCGUUGAGGAAAUCGUAGAAGUCGAAGUGGAUAAAGAAUAUAAUGAAGAGAUAGUAGUUCCUUAUACUGGCACUCCACCACCUUCUUUCCGUCCAGUUAUUACGGAUGAAAUAAAUCAUAUAACAAAUAAUAUACGCAGUAAUGAUCAAAUAAAUAUCACCGAACGAUUCGAAAAAACAGAGGAGUUAAAUAGCUUAACUAAUAGUGCAUAUUAUAACAAUCAAAUGGAAAUUAUAGAGAUUCAGGAGGAUAUGGAAUGUAAUAAAGAGACCGAUAUUCCGUUUACAAGUACACCUAACUCAGUUCUAAUAGAGCCGAUAAUUAACGAACAUACAUCAUCUGAAUCUUUGACAGUAAAUGAACAAUCAGCGAAGACAUUAACUGUUGAGGAAGUCGAUACAGAUAAAAAAUGCAAUGUGGAUAAAGGAUACAUUAUGGAUAAAGGACACAAUUUGGACAAAGAAUACAAUGUGGAUAAAGAACGCAUUGAGGAUAAAGACCACAUUGAGGAUAAAGAAAACAAUGAGGAUAAAGAAUAUAAUGAGGAGAUAGCGUUUCCUUAUACUAAUACUCCACCACCCUCUUUCCGUCCAACGAUUACGGAUGAAAUAAAUAAUAUAACAGAUAAUAUAUACAAUAAUGAUCAAAUGUAUAUCACAGAGCGAUUCGAAAAAAUGGAGCUAAAUAGCUUAACUGAUAACGCGUAUGAUAAUAAUAGAAUGGAAAUUAUAAAUAUUCGAGAGGAUAUGGAAUGCAAUAAAGAAAUAUAUAUUCCGUUUACAAGUACACCUUACUCGUCAGCUCCAAUAGAGCAGAUGAAUAGCGAAAAUAUCGAAGAUACCACAUCUGAAUAUUUAACAGUAAAUGAACAAACACUUAAGAUAUUAGCUGUUGAGGAAGUCGAAAUGAGUAAAGAAUACAACAAGGAGAUAGCAAUUACUUAUAGUGGUACUUCACCUCCCUCUUUCCGUCCAACGAUUACGGAUAAAACAAAUAAUAUAACAGAUAACAUAUACAAUGAUGAUCAUAUUGAACGAUUCGAAAAAACAUUGUCCGUUGAUGAUUGUCUUAGAAAUUUAACGGAGGAGCUAAAUAGCUUAAAUAAUAACGCGUAUGAUAAUGAUCACAUGGAAAUUACAAAUAAUAAAGGGACAGUUAUUCCGUUUAUAAGUACGCCUAAUUCGUUAGCUCCAAUAGAGUCAAUUAAUAACGAAAAUACUGAGGAAAUUACAUCGGAAUCUUUGACAGCAAAUGAACAAUUAACGAAAACAUUAACUAAAUUAAAAGAAGAGCAAAGAAUGCAAUCAUGA